AGUUCUGGUGAGUGUCUUCUGUGUGAUGCCCUGCAGGGGGUCUCAGUGGUUCUUGUGCUCCCUCAGACGGCUGCCGGACAUCAAGAUGAACGUCAAGUUUGUACAGGACACCUCCAAGUACUGGUACAAACCCGACAUCACCAGAGAGCAAGCCAUCCUGCUGCUGAAGGACCGUGAGCCCGGUGCCUUCGUGAUCCGGGACAGCCACUCGUUCCGCGGCGCCUACGGCCUCGCCAUGAAGGUGGCCUGCCCCCCCCCCACGGCCCAGCCCACCAAGAAGGUGGGCGUGGACCUGAUCAGCGAGCUGGUGCGUCACUUCCUGAUCGAGACCAGCUCCAAGGGCGUGCGCCUCAAAGGGUGUCCCAACGAACCCUACUUCGGUUGUCUCUCUGCUCUCGUGUAUCAACACGCCAUGACGCCGCUGGCUCUGCCCUGCAUCCUGAUGAUCCCAACAAAGGACCCUAACGAGGAGGCCCUGGAGCUGGCCAUGCCCACUGACUCUGUGGUGGACCUCCUCAAACAGGGAGCAGCCUGCAGUGUCCUCUACAUCAACUCGGUGGACAUGGAGUCCCUGACCGGCCCCCAGGCCAUCUCCACGGCGGUGGGCCGCACCCUGAGCACCAACCCCCUCCCCGCCGCCACGCCCGUCCACUUCAGGGUGUCCCCCCAGGGGGUCACGCUCACCGACAGCCAGAGGAAGCUCUUCUUCAGGCGACACUACCCCAUCACCACGGUGACCUACUGUGACGUCGACCCGCAGGACAGGAAGUGGGAGAAGGAGGGAGGAGGCUCUGUGAGGCUCUUUGGCUUCGUGGCCCGUAAACAGGGCAGCACCACGGACAACGUCAGCCACCUGUUCGCCGAGCUGGACCCCGCCCAGCCGGCUCCCGCCAUCCUGUCCUUCCUCUCCAGGAUGAUGAAGCGCUGAACACCCCCGGCGGACAUUUGUCUCCCUCGUCGCCCCUCUUCUGUUUUUGUCCCGCCCAAUCGAAGGACUCCUCUCCUCCUGUUCCUCCCUUCUCUCUCCCCCUCCUCCCCUCCGUUCUCCCCCUCGUUGGUUCGUGCGGUCGUUGACGGGGUGUUUCCGUUUCCAGGCGUUUGGCGGUCGACCGGGCGGGAGGCCGUCCCAGGAGCGACCCUGAGGUGAAGAUGCUAGCUAGCCUCUAGCUAGCUAGCCGCGAGGUUAAACGCAGGGCUAGGCUCGUCGACGGACGGACGAGAGUACGGAUUUACCAAAGGCAGUCAAAAAAAGAAAAAGAAAACACAGGAUGUGAUGUUUUCCAAAAGAAGAAGCCAUUUUUGUUUCCCCGGUGGAGACGGUUUCCCGCCUUCCGUCGUCGACAAGAGAGAAAAAAACAAAAUGGAGGCAGAACGCGAGUUCAUGGACAUUGGUCUUCAGGUUGAAAAAAAUAAAAUAAAAAAAUAAAUAUAAGAUGUCCUCGACGACGUCCUGUAGAGGAGUGUGACCUCUGACCUUGACCUCUGAAGACCUUAUGCAUGUUGACUUGAUCUUUGACCUCUAGCCCUCGUUCCCAGGCCGGUCGUGUGUUAAAAAAAAAAAUAAGGGCUCUUCUGCACGGAAAGAAAAAACAAAAGAACAAACACAAAAAAAAAAAUGGACUCUUGGCUCUCAGAACAAUGCAGCGCCAGCUCUGCUGCCCUCCCC